CCAUAUCUUCAUUUCUGAGCUAUAACUAUUAAAAAUUUUAUUUUAUUUUUAUUCACGACAAAAAAAAGAAAGAAAGAAAAAAGGACGGAGUGACCAACACACUACCAUACUAUCAACAAAUUCUAUUCUAACUUUCAUCCAUCUAAAAUUUAUCAUCAGCAAGAGGGGUAAAGAUAUUGAUGUGAAAAAUGGCACAUUUACUUACUGCUUCUUGCCCCUUGAACAUCUCGUCUUGCUCGAAAACGGGACCUAACUCGUUGAAACAAAGCUCAGCUUCAUUACCUACUUCGCUCUUUUUACGCACUUCAACUCAACCGCUAAAAAGUGUUGCCUUACACAAAAAGAAUGCACAGAGAAUUUUCUCGGUACGUGCAACCACUCUUCAACAACCUGAAGCAAAGACGGGUUCUGGCUAUGACGAAAGCUCGGGUCAAGAAUCGAGGCCGACGCGUGUGAUGGUUAUUGGUGGAGAUGGGUAUUGUGGCUGGGCCACUUCUCUCCAUUUAUCCAACAAAAACUAUGAAGUUGCUAUUGUUGACAAUCUUGUUCGCCGCAGUUUUGACAACCAGCUUGGGCUUGACUCGCUCACACCCAUCGCGUCCAUUCAUGAUAGAAUAAGAAGAUGGAGGUCUUUGACCGAAAAAGACAUAGAUCUUUAUAUUGGUGAUGUUUGUGACUUUGAGUUUUUGUCAGACGCUUUCACAUCCUUCAAGCCUGAUGCCGUGGUUCAUUUUGGAGAGCAAAGAUCGGCUCCGUACUCCAUGAUUGACCGGUCACGAGCAAUAUACACCCAACAGAACAACGUACUUGGUACCCUUAAUGUCUUGUUUGCGAUAAAGGAGUAUGCUGAGGAUUGUCAUCUUGUGAAACUUGGGACAAUGGGAGAAUACGGGACACCAAACAUAGAUAUCGAAGAAGGGUAUAUUACCAUUACUCAUAAUGGCAGAACCGAUACUUUGCCUUAUCCGAAACAAGCUAGCUCUUUUUACCAUUUGAGUAAAGUGCAUGAUUCGAAUAAUAUUGCAUUUACUGUUAAGGCUUGGGGGAUAAGAGCGACUGAUUUGAACCAGGGAGUGGUUUAUGGUGUGCGGACACAUGAGACCGAAAUGCAUGAAGAACUUUUCAACAGAUUUGAUUACGAUGGAGUGUUUGGAACUGCCUUGAAUAGAUUCUGUGUUCAGGCAGCAGUUGGUCAUCCACUUACUGUUUAUGGCAAAGGAGGCCAGACCCGAGGCUACCUCGAUAUAAGGGACACAGUCCAGUGCGUGGAGCUUGCAAUUGCAAAUCCAGCAAAACGUGGCGAGUUUCGGGUAUUUAAUCAAUUUACAGAGCAGUUUUCUGUAAAUCAACUUGCCUCACUUGUAACAAAAGCUGGUGAGAAGCUUGGAAUUGAAGUGCAAACUAUAUCUGUGCCCAACCCAAGAGUCGAAGCGGAGGAGCAUUACUACAACGCCAAGCACACCAAACUCAUUGAAUUAGGACUUCAACCACACCUUCUUUCUGACUCGCUUCUCGACUCACUGCUCAAUGUUGCAGUUCAGUUCAAAGACCGUGUUGACACAAAACAGAUCAUGCCCAGUGUUUCAUGGAGAAAGAUUGGGGCUAAACCAAAAACUGUAUCUGCUUAGGUAUGUCAUAAUGAGAUGGACUUUACUUGGUAAGUUAUAUCUGUAUUUCUGGAUAUUUUACAUAUGUCACCUAAAUAGGAAGGUUUUAAAGACUUGUACUGCAAAGUAGUUAUAUCUUAAUUUUAUAUACCCCUUUAUUUUUUGUGCAAA